AUGCAAGAUGCGAACGAAAUGGUAUAUUUUCUGAAUGAUAACGGAAUAGACUUUUUGACGUUAGCGCACCAUUUACCUACCAUUGUUAAGUCUGAGUUACAAAUGAAACUGCUGGAAAAAUAUAACACCAGCCAGCAAGCCAGACAAUUCACAUUCUCCCAAAUAACUUGCCACGAUGUUAUGGGAUUUUUCCGAAGUAUCAAAAGUAAUGCCUUGGGUGUUUGCGGAAUCAACCUAAAUCUAACAAUCAUAUUCGAUUUGCUAAUUGAAAAUAUAACUUUCAUCAUCAACUAUGCAAUUGCAUCAUCAAACUUCCCCAACUGUUGGAAAAAAGCAAAUGUUCUCCCCCUAGCUAAAAUAAGUAACCCUACAGAUAUUUCACAUCUGAGGCCGAUAAUAUACUACCAGCAUUUUCCAAGUUAUUAG